AUGGCUUCUCGCCCGACACUACACGAAGACUUAACCUCAGCUUUUAUUCGUUACAGAGACGGUCAAGGACAAUAUGAUCCUCUCUUAGACCGUAAGAAAUGUUAAAUAACUUUUAGUGGAUGAUUUUAACAUGAUUUUGAUACACUGCAAAGCAUUGAAGCACUAGUCUUGCGACGCCAUUGUUUUGCUAAUUUAGUUUUAAGAAAACGUUCCUUCCAUUUUUUAGAAAGGAUAAAAGCUGAAGGAGAAAGGAUCCUUAAAGAAAAUGAUCCUAGAAGCACUUCUCGUAUAAAUCCUCAUUCUAUAUUUUGGAUGGUAGCAGCUCUAGCUGUGUUCUAUUACUCAGAUUUUUAUAUUGCAGUGAGGUUUGAUUCCAGAAUACAUAGGUAAGCUAAAGUGAUUGAUGCACGAUUCUUAAGUUGUUUGACAUGUAUUGUAUUUACAUAAUGAUGAUUUUCGGAAAUCUAGCUGUCCAAAUUUCCUGGCAGCAGUGCUCUGGUAACCUCAAUGUUACCCUGGAGACAUACUUUUUGGAGGAAAUUAUUUUGAUGGUUAUUUCAGUGUUGUGUAUAUAUAACUACAGUUUAGCCUUCACCAAGCAACCACCUGGCAAGUGGCUGCUCAAUACUUCUCAUAUAUUAUCAUAUGUUAGCAUAAUCUUCAGGGCAAACCAUGUGUUCCAUUGCACAAUACUGAUUUCAGUAAGAAUACUUCCAGUCAGGAUGGGGCAAUUUCCUUGAAAGAGUAUUCCACUGGAGUUGUGGCAAGCUUAACUCUUCAGCAUUUAUGAGGGGGCUGUAAGGGAUGAAAUUUUCUAAUUAGUUCCUGACAUUGAACAUGCAUAGCACUCUUGAAAAGAUUAUUUUGUCAUAGUUUUAGAAAUUGUGUGUUUCACAUGUAUGUAGACAUGUAAUUUUUAUUCUAUUGUUAUCCUCUUGAGUUUAAAUUGUUGAAAUAAUUUAAUGUUAUUAUUAUUAAUUUUACCUUAAAAUGUUUAAGUUAGAUGCUGAAUGAGGAAAUGAAUAAUACUGCAAUUUAAUUUCUACACAGGACAUGGCUAUACAUUGGUGGGGCUCUCAUAGGUGUAAACCUGUGCAUUGGUUGUUACUGUGUGCUUUGGUUAAGCUACUACAAAAAGAUCACUGAAUGGGACAAGCAUAAUCCUUAUGUUAUACCAAUUGCUACUGCAUCAUUUAUUGCUGGCAUGAUUUGGUAAGGAUGAUGCCCAGGUAGAAGUAGGGGGGUGGGGAAGGGGGGUUGGGAUUACUGCACCACAAGGUUCAACUUCUCACCCAGUUAUAUACCAUUUUUGACAAAAGUUACUGUUACCUCUCUUGUAUACCUUCUAUUGACAGAUGGUAUCCAUUUCACUUACAUGUACCAGGUUUCACAGUGCUAGAUCCCUUUUAAAUGCUAUUAAUGCACUGUCUUAAAUAAGUCUUGAAUAAGUCAGUGAACCAUGAAGUUUUCUUGUCUUUUUGGCAGUCAUAAAAUUCAUCCAUGAGCCAGUCCUUUUAGGUCCCAUCACAGACCAGAAUUACAGAUUUACCUACCCAGAAUCCCUACCCUUUCAUAUACCUGAAACGUAAAAAAGGUAGCUUUCAGGAGGAGCAUCCCUGUACAGGCCAAUCUAGGGAGUAUACCCACCCCCCCAGGAGGAUGACUAUUGUAUUUUUGUUCUGCUCCAAAGGGAUGUCACUUGUUUAUUCCUUUUCUGGGGUUGCGCAGUGAUUUUGUGAGUCUUCUUUGAGACAAAGUGGAACAAAUUAAGGAGAAUUCUUUGUUUAUCUGUUAGCCGAGUACCAUAUAGAUUGCUUGCAAUUGCCUAGACUUUCUCAAAGUCCUCUGCUUCUCAUUUCUGGUUCUGGUAGUUAGCCCAGAGCUCUCGCUCUCUUGUUCCCUUUUACCGCAGAAAACAUAAAAAAUUUAUCACUCGCGCUUCACGCUCAUGAAAAAACUUGAGCUCGACUUGUAGGCAAGUCUAGCAAUUGCCUUGAAUGCGCUCCAAUGAUUUGUAUGUGUGACUAAUUCUAGUUCUAAAGAAUUUUUUAAUGGGUUAUACUACCCAUUAGUCUGCUACACAGCCGUUUCUAGUGUCGUCACGCAACGUUCCUCCCUGUGUGACGACCCUAAAAACGGUUGUGUAGCAGACUAACUACCCGUAAGUUUUAUAAAGGCAUGACUCUUGUAAGAGAGUUCCGGAGAUCCCUAUACCCAUUUAACUGGUUUUAAUAAAAAAUGUGGAUUUUACUAGAAUGCUACAUGUUAUCUUCAAGAAAUGAUGAAAUAAAUCAAAUCAAAGAUAAGAUAAGGUGAUAUAGCUUAGCUCAAACUUACUCAAAUUGCGAAAAAUUCUGUCAAAGCUUAUGGGAAGUAAAAUUAAUGUACUUCAAAAUAGAACUCAUUUGCUGUAACAGAGGGUUUUAAUACUUGCUUUUAUACUUGAUCAAAUUAACAAAAGUGACUUUUUUGUUUAUUCUUUUUUUGUACAGCUCAACAUAUGCACUCUGGCCUGUUUGGAAAAUUCUUACACCAUUCAUAACAUUUUCUCUCUUCAUGGGCGUUAUAUUUUUAGCUACUUUAAUACCUGUGUAAAGAAUUCUUCCUUAUCUUUGAAAUUUAAAUUAAGAAAUCAGCUUAAAAGAGCUGAUACAGUCUGG